AUGUUCAAUCGUGAACGUGAGGCAGCUGUGGUCGUGGAAUGCACGAGGAUGGCAGAGGACCCCGCCUGCCUCAAAGGGCAAAGGACCCCGCCUGCCUCAAAGGGCAAAGGACCCCGCCUGCCUCAAAGGGCGGGAAAGGGGACCCAGUCCCCAUGCCUCAAACGGGCAAAGGAACCCGCCUGCCUCAAGGGGCCAACAGGGGACCCGCCUGCCUCAAAGGGCAAAGGGAAACCCCGCCUGGGCACGCAAAGGGAGGGCAAAGGACCGCCUGCCUCAAAGGGCAAAGGGACCUCACAGCCUCAAAGGGCAGGGGAACCCCCACCUGCCUCAAAGGGAGGGGACCUCACCUCAAAAUGGGGGCAAAAGGGUAGGGGACCCCGGCCUGCUUCAAAGGGCACCGGGAAACCCACCCACCUCCUCACCCCGGCCAGGGGCCUCGGACCUGAUCAAAGGGCAAGGGGACCCCACACUGCCUCAAAGGGGCAGGGGACCCCCGCCUGCCCUCCCCCAAAGGGCAAAGGGGACCCCGCCUGCCUCAAAGGGGCAAAGGACCCACCUGCUAAAAGGGCAAAGGGGAACCACACCUGCCUUCAAAGGGCAAAGGGGACCCCACCUGCCUCAAAGGGCAAAGGACCCCGCCUGGCCCAAAGGGCAAAGGACCCCCGCCUGCCUCAAAGGGCAAAGGCGGACCCCACCUCCUCAAAGGGCAAAGGACCCCGCCUGCUCAAAGGGCAAAGGACCCCCGCCUGGCCUCAAAGGGCAGGGGACCCCGCCUGCCUCAAAGGGCAGGGGACCCCGCCUGCUUCAAAGGGCAAAGGACCCCCUCGCAUGCCUCAAAAGGGCAAAGGACCCCGAACCUGCCUCAAAGGGCAGGGGACCCCGCCUGCUUCAAAGGGCAGGGAAACAAAGGACCCCCGCCCUGCCUCAAAGGGCAGAGGACCCCGCCUGCCUCAAAGGGCAGAGGACCCCGCCUGCUCAAAGGGCAAAAGGACCCCGCCUUCCUGCCUCAAAGGGCAGGGGAACCUCACCUGCCUACAAGGGCAGGGGGACCCACCUGCCUCAAAGGGCAAAGGACCCCGCCUGCCUCAAAGGGCAGAGGACCCCGCCUGCCUCAAAGGGGCAGGGGACCCCGCCUGCCUCAAAGGGCAGGGGACCCCGCCUGCCUCAAAGGGCAGGGGACCCCGCCUGCCUCAAAGGGCAGGGAACCCCACCUGCCUCAAAGGGCAGGGGACCUCACCUGCCUCAAAGGGCAGGGGACCCCGCCUGCCUCAAAGGGCAGGGGACCUCGCCUGCCUCCAAAGGGCAGGGGACCCCGCCUGCCUCAAAGGGCAGGGGAUCACCUGCCUCAAAGAACAGGGGGAACCUCACCUGCCUCCAAGGGGAAGGGGAACCCCACCUGCCUCAAAGGGCAGGGGAACCUCACCCUGGGCAAAGUGGGCAGGGGACCGCCCCACCUGCCUCAAAGGGCAGGGACCCCCACCUGCCUCAAAGGGCAGGGGACCUCACCUGCCUCAAAGGGCAGGGGACCUCACCUGCCUCAAAGGGCAGGGGACCCACCUGCCUCCGGGCAAAAAGGGCAUGGGGACCCCACCUGCCUCAAAGGGGCCGGGCGGGGAGUAA